UCCUAAUUGAAUUUGGUGUUCUUCCUAACCUUUGUAUCUUCCUCUUCUCUGCCCCUUAGUUCCUCAUCUCCUCCCCACCUCCUCUAUCUCUUUUCUAGACGAGAAGAUCGUAGAACUGGGUAAAGCUUUUCUACACUAUUUCUAGUUGGUAACUCUCUUUCUAGAUGCUAAUUCCUUUAAUCAGACAGAAAUGCAUCAACAACUCCAUCCAUACUUUUUGCUCUUUAGUACCUUAAUCUUUGUCUUGAUCAAAAUACCGGGGUUGUUCUGUCAAGAUGACGAGCGAUUCAGGAUGUGUAGUGAGCCAAUUCUCUGUGGCGACAUCGAAAUAAAGUACCCUUUCUGGGGAGGUGGUAGACCAGAGUACUGUGGUCAUCCAAGUUUCGAGAUCAACUGCGAGAGUAACAUCCCGAAUAUUGCUAUUAAAUCAACAGCAUACAAAGUGAUAGCGAUCGAUACUCCUACUCGAAUACUAACCUUGGCUAGAGAUGAUUUACUGAGUAAUAUUUGUUUGGACAACCCUGAGAACGCCUCCUUGGAUUUUAACAUUUUCAGCUAUAUUUCCACUGACCAGAAUAUUACUCUGCACUAUGGCUGCACCCUCGUCUCUGGUCAGCAAUUACUAAAUGACCCAAAAGUCUUUAAUUGCAAUAGCAACAUAUUUGGUAUUUACACAAUGAUCGGGGUUUUGUUCGACUUCUCUCGGGUAAGAUGCGAGAGCGAAAUAAUAGCUAGGAUCAAUCAAACGAGUGCUGUGGCAUUAGCCAGCGCUACAGCAACUGUUGAAGUUCUGAGAACAGCCAUUUCUGGCGGGUUUUCAGUUAAUUGGACGGCAAAUAUUGAAACGCUAUGCGGACAGUGCGACAAGUCAGGUGGAAGAUGUGGAUCCAACCCAGAUUCCGCAGCCUUUGCUUGCCAUUGUGCCACGGGUACUCAUGCUUUCAACUGCACCGACGCACAAAAUCAAGAUGGCGAUAGUGGAAAGAAAAAUCAGACGCCACUUGCAAUAGGCCUUAGCGUAGGAGGUGCUGUAUUUGCCGGUAUUGGCAUUGGAUGGCUAAUCUUCUUCUGCAAACAAAAGAGAAAGCGGACUGCAGCACAGACUUCACCUGUCCAAACUGAAAAGAAAGACCUUCCAAUUUUAAGCUCAAGCAAUGGCCUGACUACUUCUUCUCCUAAUUCUUCAACCACUUUCACCAGAAGCAUUCCCUCUUAUCCCUCGUCCACAUCUGAAGCUGAUUAUGGGAGGGGAAGCUCCUAUUUUGGGGCUCAUGUCUUCAGUUUUGCUGAACUUGAAGAAGCCACGGAUAAUUUUGAUCAAUCUAAAGAACUCGGGGAUGGUGGUUUUGGCGUCGUGUACUAUGGCAAGCUUCGUGAUGGUCGUGUUGUAGCAGUCAAGCGCUUGUAUGAGAACAAUUUCAAGCGUGUAGAGCAGUUCAUGAAUGAAGUUGAGAUUUUAACUAAGCUCCGCCACCAGCACCUAGUGACAUUAUACGGUUGCACAUCAAAACGAAGCCGAGAUUUACUGCUUGUUUAUGAGUACAUAUCAAACGGGACAGUGGCAGAUCAUCUGCAUGGAAAUCGGGCCAAAUCUGGUUUACUCUCUUGGCCUGUCCGAAUGAACAUAGCCAUUGAGACUGCUGAUGCACUGGCUUAUCUCCAUUCCUCAGUUAUAAUACACCGUGAUGUCAAAACCAACAACAUUCUAUUAGACAAUGAUUUCCAUGUGAAAGUUGCUGAUUUUGGGCUAUCAAGAUUGUUCCCAAAUAAUGUCACACAUGUCUCUACUGCUCCACAGGGUACACCCGGCUACGUUGAUCCUGAGUACUACCAAUGUUACCAGCUCACUGAAAAGAGUGAUGUUUAUAGUUUUGGGGUGGUCUUGAUAGAGCUGAUCUCAUCAUUAGAAGCUGUGGACACCAACAGGCACCGCCAAGAUAUUAAUUUGGCUAAUAUGGCUGUCAACAAGAUCCAAACUCAUUCAGUACAUGAAUUAGUUGAUCCAAGUCUUGGAUUCACGACAAACAGCUCUGUGAGGAGGAUGACUACCUUAGUCGCUGAGUUAGCUUUUCGUUGUCUGCAACAGGAGAGAGAUAUGAGACCUUCAAUGCAAGAAGUGCUGGAGACUUUGAGAGGCAUCCAGAGUGGGGAGUCGAAUGCACACAAGGCGGAGGUACUCGACAUUGUGGUAGAUGAUGUUGGACUCCUCAAGGGCUCGGGCUCCCCUUCCUCACCACAUUCCAGUGGAUGAACUAUCACUUUCAGGUUGGUCGAUUUCAUUGCCUAGAUGAAGAAGCAAUUACUAUUUUGACACUAGUGAUUAGUGUCAUGGUUCCGUUAGAAUCUCCCGUCUUUUAUGGACACUUAAUUCCUUAGUUUUGCUUAGAUGUAGUUAUCUUGGUAUACUACGAUAUGGUCUCUGGGAGAUUAUCUACUGCUGUUCGCAUAAAGAAUGUAAAUAUUGAAUAGAGCUGCCAACAUUCUAGUAUAUAUGUGCUAUAACUUUUAUGUACCUCUGUUCUUUGUUCA